AUGAGCAGGCCGUCUCCAGAGCGAGCUCGGCUUCUUGCGCAAAGCAGUGCGUCAGCCGAGCUCGUGCAGAAUCGCUUUGAUUCGCGGCAGAGGUUCCUGCUCAUCGCCUUCCAGCGGCACCUUCUGGAGCAGCUUCUGCACGGAUGCGAGCCAGACCUGCCCGGCUCCAAUGGCACAGGUUCCGAAAAAGGAGGCAGCCAUUUCAACUACGAGCUGGUGCCACAAGAAAGGCAAGCAGAGGACUUCGAGACCGAACAGGGCUUGCAGAGGUGUGGCCUCCCAUGCGACCAAGAGCGACCUGCACCAGGACCCUCCCGGAAUGUCCUCGGAGCUCACGUACGGGGCUGCGACAGGUCCCGCAGCAUCUCCUGCGAUAUGGUAGAAUUUAGGAGUGAGCGUGGCUUCUUCUCACUCAGAAGACUGGCAGCAUGGAAGCAGAUCAGUGGAUGA